CCGCCCGAGCUGACACAUGUCACGCCGCCGCCACACAGUGCAGUGCAGUGCCUAUGACUACUGAUAGCGCGUCACGUGACACCAAUAACUACAAGUGCCGAUGGAGGACAACACACACUUGGCCGACGAGUACGUGAAGGACUUCGUGCUGGACCACCUGGACGUGACGGUGAAGCGAGAAGAAAAACGCCACAUGAUCGACGCGGACACCACCUGGCUGCCCCAGGAGGAUGAGGAGUCCAGCAGGAUGUGCAGCGGCCAGUGGGAGGACCGCCAGCCCAUCUACGUGCAGCAACAGCCGGUCCUGGUGAACAUGGCCUUGCUGAACGAUCCGGGCACCCCGCCUGACACUCCGCCCAAUCACUCGCCCCUACCCUGUCGACCGCCCGGCCUCAUGGACGAGAUGAUGUGGUUCCCGCAGAGCAUGAGGGAGCCCCAGCCGCUGGACCUGCGCCCCCUGCACUGCAUGGGCGGCGAUCCCGAGUGGGAGCGCAGGGAAUACAUCCCCUCGGGCAUGAUCAUGGACGCCCAAGGGCACCACGGUAUCCAUCACCAGCGGUCGCAGUCGGUGUGCUCCGGGGCUAGUGCCCUAUCGCCGAGGCUGCACCACAGCGGCUACUCCACCUGCUCCGAAGACACGGGCCUCAACGACGAUAUGCUGAUGUCCUUGUCCGUGCGGGAGCUGAACAAGAGGCUGCACGGGUGCCCAAGGGAGGAGAUCGUGAGGCUGAAGCAGAAGAGGAGGACGCUGAAGAACAGGGGCUACGCGCAGAACUGCAGGUCGAAGAGGCUGCAGCAGCGGCAGGACCUGGAGACGACCAACAGGAGCUUGCAGCACGAGCUGCACCGGUUGAAGUCGGAGCUGUUGAGGGUGAGCGAAGAGAGGGAUAUUCUGAAGCAGAGGCUGCAGCUGGGAAGGCAGCAGCAUUUGAAUUCCAAUAUGAACGGUAGCCUCACCUCCGACGGAGGGCAGAGUUCGCCGGAGUUCUACCUAUGACAUCAUUUUCCGGGUCGAAGAGUUCCGUGAUUUUCGACCCCGCGGUAUACGAACUGAACUUUGUGGUAUACCGUGAACAGUGACAUGGACUCGCCUGAGUGAUUUUUGCACAAUCCGAUUUCUGUUUGGUUUUGCGACGGAUUUUUUAUUCGUUUUUAAUUUGUUGUUUGAUCGAUCGAAGUGAAUGGCAUAUCUUUUUGCGAUUUGGUUGGUUUCUUAUUUUUAUAAUCUAUUUUUAUAUGAGCCAGGCAGUUUUUGGGCCUGGAAGGUUGUGUUUCAUAUGAUAUAAAAUAUGUUACGUUAUUGUAAAUAAAAUUACCUAGUGACGUAAGUAAAUUCAACUGUUUUAGAAAAUUU